UGUUAUUAUUUCAAAAUAUUUGUUGUUCGUCGAUUAUUUUGUUACUUCUAUUGAUUUGAAUUGGAGUUGGAUAACUAUGAUGGCACUGAUAUUGGUAUUUAUAGAAAAUACACGUAACGUAUUUACUUGUGUUUCCGCGGUAACGUAUUAGGGAGAUUUUAACGAUAAAACAUAAUGUCAGUGGCCAGUUUAUUUACUCGUACCAUUUGUGCUGUUGGGAAUUUAAUAAAAACAAAUUUAAAAAUGGCGCCGAAGAAAAAGUCAAAAGGAAGCAAAGGCGGCCGUUCAAGUGCUGGAAUCGUGGAUGGUGUGUCCAUGGCUGAAAUGUCUAGAGAACAACUGGAAGGAUUUGCAUCUAGAAUGAAGAAAGAGUUAGAACGUGAGAGAGAAGAAAGGAAUUUUUUUCAAUUGGAAAGAGAUAAAGUGCUAACGUUUUGGGAAAUUACCAGACAUGAGUUGGAAGAAAACAGAGCAUCGUUGAGAAAUAAGGAUAGAGAGAUUGAAGAUAUCGAAGAGAAGCACCAGGACGAAAUAAAAGUUUAUAAACAAAAGUUAAAACUUUUGAUGUACGAACAACAUGUUCAUCUCUCAGAAGUACAAGCUGAAAACAUAGUUUCACUGAAAAUCGCCAACGACGAGCACAUUAAAGAAGAAGAAGAGUUGGUGAAAGAAAACGAUACGCUCAAGCAAGAAAUAGUGGAAAUAAAUAUGCGGCACAUAGAAGAAAUCAAUAAUAUUCGGCUGGAACACGCCAGAGUAAUGCGAGAGCUGAAAGAUAGGUUUAUCGUCGACUGUCAAGUGAUCGAAAGCAAGUAUCAAAAACGGAUGGAAGAUCUUAGAAAUCGGAUGAACUUGAAGAACAAAGUGGAGGUGGCAGAAACCGAAGCGAGGAAAAAUAAGAGGAUAGCGGAAAUCAUAGAAGACCAUAAUAACGCGUUCAACAAUCUAAAAGAACAUUACAACGAUAUAACGGUCAACAAUUUAACGUUGAUCGCCAGUUUAAAGGAAAAUCUAUUGGAGUUGAAAGAAGACAAACAAAGAGCGGAGAUGGAUUUGAAAGAAGUGACGAAAGAAAAUGAAUCGUUAAAGGGGCCACUGGCGGAAGCACGAAACACUGUGGAAGAACUGACGCAGAAAAUGGAGAAUUAUCAUAAAGACAAACAACGGUUGAUGGUUCUCACCAAACGUCUGAAACAUUCGGCCGAGAAGUACAAGGAUCUUCAGGUGAACUACGAUGAGCUGAAAAUGUUUUCGGAAAAAGUACAUGAAAGACGUUUAAACCAGCGAUUCCUUUUAGGCGGUCAACGAAACCCCAUGGAGAUGCAAGCCGAUUUGGACGCGAUGCACGACGAGCAUUCGGACGGACUGGUGCGCUUACAGAUGGAACACGGCAAGAAGCUGAUGGGCAUCGAGCACCGGCUGAGGCGGGCCAGGGAGACGAUCGAGGAAAAGGAUGCGCAGAUCGCGAGGCUGAUGGGAGCCGCGUCGGCGGACACGUCGAUCGCGAUGGCGAUGAACGCGAAAACCGAGGCGUUGCUCGCCAAGAAAAACAAACAGAUCGAACGCGCGUGGAACGACCUGAAGGCGGUGACGGACAAACACAACGAGCUGUGCAAACGGUUCGCGGCCACCCUCCAAGACCAUGGGAUCCAACAGCACGACGUUUUCGAACUGGUCCCUGUCGACCGACACGAGUAUUUCGAGGGCGCAUGAGGCGGCCGCUGCGAGAACGUCCGAACACACUUGUUUGCCUACGGGCGAUUCAUCGCGGAGCGUCGCCGAGCGCACAGAACACGUCGCGCACGAUCUGUGGUUUCAACCGACCGGGUUGUCCACGUUGUUCGGUCCGCACCCCCGACGACCGUGUCGCCUUUGAUCCCUGCGGCCGGCGGGGUAUGUGUCUCGAACACGGACGUCCGGUUUAAGGGUAGAAAACGAUUGCGUACGUUCGUUAUCGGCGAUACCUUUUUAAGCUGUACGAUUUUACCCGAAUUUUGACUGCAUACACGAUUGCGUACGAAUUUUUAAACGUUGAUGCCGAUUUUCAUACCGGCAUUGGUGUAUACCACAUGCCUGUACGCGUGAACUUGAAAAAGUUAAUAUAUACUUUGUGUUUUAUCGCUUUUAUUACCUAUGUUUAUUGUUAAUGAUAUCAAAUAUAUAUAACAGAUAUAACGAAAUUUCGUUGUUUCAGUUGUGUUAUACGAUAUUUUCCGAGUUUCAGUAAAAGCAGUAGGUUAUAGACGUCAGGGAAUCCAAAUUUAAGCAUUUUCAAAUAAUUUAUUAACAAUAAUUUUAUUACAAUAAAAACUAACGAUUUUAUU